AUGGCGACUUCUACUCCGACGAAAGAACAAACCGAACAACAAUUGACAUGGGAUUCUCCAUCAAUUGACAAUAUCGUCGCUACUGAUGCUGCUACCAACGAAUCGUUUGAGUCAACUAUUCAACGUCAAAUGCAAACAAAACAUCACAAUAAGCUCGGUGCAAUACUAAGUAACAAAAGAUACAAAUACAGAUACAUAAUUGCACCUUUACUAUCCAAUGUGCGUACUAAACAGGGGAAAGGUAUGCCGCUUAAUAUGAUGCUAAGCAAUCGUAAGAUCGAAUACGCGCACUGGGACGAUCCCAAUGACCUUGUCGACCGUCUGCGGUUGCUAGACGCAUCCCGUCAGGCAGGAAUAUUUCGGGAUAACAAACAAUAUCCAAACAUUUUGCAAACUGACCGUGGAAAGGAAUUCUACAAUAUAGAUGUACAAACACUGAUAAAGAAGCAUGACAUUAAUCAUUAUUCCACAUAUUCUGUUAUGAAGGCUUCAAUUGUAGAACGAUUCAACCGUACGUUGAAGAACGACAUGUGGAAACACCUUACACUUACCGGAACCUACAAAUGGAUCGACACAUUACCGCGUCUUCUUAUGGAGUACAACGCGAGAAAUUAUCGAACUAUUGGUAUGCAACCUAUCGAUGUUACUCCAGCAAUCGCCGAGAAGCUCUUAACCACGGUGUACAGCAAUGUCAAGAUCGCAGGGCCAGCACGAUUCAAAGUAGGUGAUUCGGAUUCACGCGGACAAUCUGUUGCUGGAGGAUUCUACGAAUACGAACUGCAUUGCGUUGCACAUCCAGACGUUUAUCUCGUGGAAAAAGUAUUACGGAAGAAAGGUGACAAGGUUUAUGUGAAGUGGCUAGGAUUAGACAAGUCGUACAACUCUUGGAUAAAUAAAACUAAUGUUUUGUAA